AUGGCACCAUCGGCGGCCAAUGAUUCCAGACUCAAUGGAAGGACACACACCAAUGGCCACGGGACUCAAUCGAAAGCAACGGCUCCAGCUUUCCAUCCUGCUGGUAGUUCCAAGUAUCAUGCCUCCUCGUCCGACGAAGCCAUCCACCUGGAGCAAGAAUAUGCCGCCCAUAACUACCAUCCCUUGCCAGUUGUUUUUGCGAAAGCGUCAGGAACAACGGUAUGGGAUCCCGAGGGUCGACAAUACCUUGACUUCCUUUCAGCAUACUCUGCGGUCAACCAAGGUCAUUGCCACCCCGAACUAGUCAAGACUCUAGUUGAACAAGCAUCCACUCUGACUCUGAGUUCGAGAGCGUUCUACAAUGAUGUUUUUCCUCGAUUUGCCGAGUUCGUUACCAAGUAUUUCAACUUCGAUAUGGUCCUGCCCAUGAAUACUGGUGCCGAAGCGGUGGAGACGGCGAUCAAGAUCGCCAGAAAAUGGGGCUACAAGUCUAAAGGCAUUCCACAAGGAGAGGCCAUCGUUUUGAGCGUAGCAAACAACUUCCACGGACGCACUUUCUCUGCCAUUUCCAUGUCUACCGACCCCGAGUCCCGUGACAACUAUGGCCCAUAUCUUCCAGGCGUGGGUAGCGUCAGCCCCUCUACAGGGAAGUUGAUUCAAUUUAAUGAUGUCUCCGCUGUGCGGACAGCCUUCGAAUCUCAUGGAGACAAGAUCGCGGGCUUUUUGGUGGAGCCGAUCCAAGGCGAAGCUGGCAUCGUCGUUCCCAGCGAUACCUACCUGACCGAAAUCCGUGGCUUAUGCGACCAACAUAAUGUCUUGCUGAUCUGCGACGAAAUCCAAACGGGGAUUGCACGCACAGGCAAGCUCCUGUGUCACGAAUGGGCGGGCAUCAAGCCAGACAUGGUCCUGCUUGGCAAAGCCAUCUCCGGAGGAAUGUAUCCCGUCUCGUGUGUCCUGGGACGGAAGGAUGUGAUGCUCACCAUCGAGCCUGGCACCCACGGAUCUACCUAUGGUGGAAAUCCGCUUGGCUGUGCCGUCGCCAUCCGCGCUCUGGAAAUCGUCCGCGACGAGAAUAUGGUCGAACGAGCCGAAAAGCUCGGACAGAUCUUCCGUGACGGUCUACGAAAUCUGAAGUCCCCGAUUAUCACGGUUGUUCGUGGAAAAGGCCUCCUCAACGCUAUCGUUAUUGACGAAGCGAAAACAAACGGCCAUAGUGCGUGGGACCUGUGCAUGUUGAUGAAAGAGAAAGGUCUUCUUGCUAAACCUACACAUCAAAAUAUCAUUCGUCUGGCGCCGCCUCUCGUGAUUACCGAAGACGAAAUCAUGCACGCACUGGCGAUUAUUGACGAAGCAGUAGCCGAGUUGCCCAAUCUGAAGGGUAAGAGAGAGGAAGAGGUGAUUCCUUCGGGGGAAAAGAAUAUUUCUAUCAAUGUCGAGAAUUAG